CAAAAAAGAAACGAUCAAGUUCCGACACGGGGAAUCGAACCCCGGGCUGUCGUGUGAGAGACGACGAUGUUAACCACUACACCACAUCGGAUGGUUGUUGAAAGGCCUUCAUUUUAGUGCGAGAUAAGCAAAACGUACUUAGUAAUGUAUUUAUAACAAUUAAUAAACAGUCUGAUGAUUAUAAACUUCUAUACAUCUAUAUAGUGAAUCCCUUCGCGCUUCGCUUUCAACCGUGACCGAGAAAUAAGCAAGAAUUUGUCAGGCAUAGUAGACAUAGUAUACACAGUUGACAGAUACAUUGAGAGGGAUACAUAAGUAGAUAUAGUAUCCUACAGUCAACAUUUCCAGAAAUCAUCAUUCAAACCAUCCCAGAAGCAAGCAAGAAAGCAAGAAAAAAAAAAAAAAAGAAACAAUGCCAGCCUCUACAAUCCCCGACUUCGACGCCCCCAGCGCAACAGUUCUCAAGCCCACCUCCCUCGCACACAUUGUCCUCCGCACAGCCAACCUCCAGCGCAUGGCCACCUUCUACACAGAUUUCCUAGGCGGCACAGUCGCCUACUCCAACGACACCAUCUCCUUCAUCACCUACGACCACGAACACCACCGCAUCGCCCUUAUCGGCAUCCCAAGCUUAAGGCCCAAGGACACAGGCAGCUGUGGGCUGGAGCACGUUGACUUCACCUUCGACACCCUGGCGGACCUGUUACUCGCGUAUCGUCAGCGCAAGGCUCGUGGGAUUCACCCGAUCUGGAGCGUUAACCACGGUCCGACGACGAGUAUCUACUAUAGAGAUCCUGAUGGGAAUAUGAUUGAAACGCAGGUUGACAACUUCGACUCGGUGGAGGAUGCGUCGGCGUUUAUGACUACGGAUGUGUUUAGGGAGAAUCCUAUCGGGACGGACGUUGAUCCUGAAGAGAUGAUUGUGGCUAUUCGGAGUGGUGUGGAGGAGGCUGUUUUGAAGAAGCGUAAGGAGAUUGGGCCUAGGGGGUUGCCGGAUUUCCUUCUGGCUUGAUUUUAGCAGGUCACUGUCUCGAUGGUUGUUAAAUGAGUUACUUCAA